UUCGAAACUUUCCAAAGUUCUCCCAAGUCCGACCCCCCACGGCAUCCGCACUCGUGGUCUCUUCUUCGGCGUCACAUUUCCAGAAUAUUCAGGGAAAUUUUCAGUCGCCGACAUGAGCCGCAAACCUUCAACAUCUGGUUUCACCGCGUACGACAAGGACGACGGUCCUGCGUACGUGGGCAUCAUCUUCUGCCCCGAGUGCAACAACAUGCUGUACCCCAGGGAGGACAAGGAAAACAAGGUGCUUCUUUACGCUUGUCGCAACUGCGAGUACAAACAACUGGCCGAGCGCAGCUGCAUCUACGUGAACAAGUUGACGCACGACAUCGACGAGAUCAAGCACAUCAACCCGGACGUGGUGUCCGACCCGACCCUGCCGCGUACCGAGGAGCACCCCUGCCCCAAGUGCAUGCAGACCGAGGCUGUUUUCUUCCAGGCCCAGACCAGGAGGGCCGAGGAUGAGAUGAGGCUGUACUACGUGUGCACCAACCGCAAGUGCCUCAACAGGUGGACCGAGUAACGCCCAAGAAGGAAGGUUGAUUCUACAGUUUUGUUCUUGUUCUAAGGUCACGGAAAAAUAUUUUAAUUUAAAUGACUGGCAUCCAACUUAAAACCAAUUCUCAAUAUCGGAAUGAGAAUCUUCUUCGAUUUUAAUUCCUAGUUUUUGCCAAAACAAUUUUGUGCUUAGUCUGCAGUCUAAUCAUACGUCGACUAAAUCAGCCGCAAAGUUCCUCUUCUAAACAUGUGCUAUAAUAGUUGCGUUGCCGGCUGAACUUUUGUCUGAUUUUUACGAUUUUGCUUAACAAACAAUUGCCAAACGUGAUAAGUAUUUUAGAAUCAAAAAAAAAUUUUAAUUCGGAACGAAUUUCUUGCAUUUCUGUGAAUGAUGAUAAUAAUAGUGUUAUCGACUCGUGGCUGUAUUUGCGUAAAAUAAGAAAUAAACCAAACUGAAUACGUUUAAAUUUUAA